AUGCUUGUAUCUGCUCCAGGCGGCGCCCUGCAUCCCAGCGUCAGCGCCGCGCUCAGCGAACUGAAGAAGCUCGACUCCAGAUACGACCACAUCGUCCUCGCCACAGCCGAGGGCAGCACCAGCCGUACGGCGCCCUUUGUGCUCGUCGAUGCAGCUCUCGGCGGCCUCAGUGCGCUCAGCUGUAAGCUACGCACGCACGAAACACGUUUCGCCCUGCUGCGUGUGCAGGCGAGGAUCCUCCUCGUCGUCUCGCUCGGCCAAGACCUAGGCGGACUGCGACGAGCUCAGGCUCUGGUACAGGCACGAGCACUCCAAUCGGCACUUGGCGCCAUCGUGUUCGCCGCACUCACCAUCGCCAGCGUCUCCCAGCUCACAUCGGCACUGGUCGGCUCUAAGCUGCAGCUCGAGGGAUUCCCGCACGUCGCCUCUCCCAACAUCGCACAGGACUUUCGAUCGUCCUGGUCAUCCACAUCCGCUACAAGCCCAGGAGCACGUGCAAAGCCCAGUGCGCCGUCGUCGCCAGAGGAGGCGGCGCUCGAUUCGAGCUGGUCGCGGCCCUUCUCUGCCAUCGGAGCGUCUAGUCGCAGCGAUGCUUUGGCCGCAUUCGCCUCUCGCGCACAUUCCUUCCACUCGCUCGUCCAUGCUCCGUCGCCCGAACGGUCCACAACGCGGCUGAGUAAGCACGGCAUCGUGAUCGAUCUGGAGGCUGUCGUCGACUCUUCCGCACACGAGAUGGUUACUGCUGCGACUGAUCUCCCACCACCUUUGCCACCAAAGGCAGACCUGCCACCGCUGCCGAGAAGCGCAAACGAUGACGGACCUCGGCCGUCGAGCGUCUCGUCACGACCUCGUUCUGUAGCUGCAUCCCCUAGUCCCUCCGUUUCGUCUUUGCGGGAGCCGAUUCAGCUGCGCAAGUCCAGCGACCCGGAUCGCCUGAGUCCACACAUCGACGAGUUUCAGCGCCAGCGCAUCGACGAGGCGAUCCGCGACGAGGUCAUGAGGAAGCUUCAUGCCGAACAGCAGGCUCUUCUGCGAGACAACAGCCGGUCACCGGCGAAUCGGACACCCAGGUUGGCCAUCAGUCCCCCGCUGGCUCCCCCUCCGCCAUUCGCCCCGCCUCCAGCUCCAGCAUCCCCACUCCGGACAGCGCCGUCCACGCCGCGACUCUCGAGCAAGGCGCAGCGUCUCGCAUCAAUGCCCCACCGGAGCGAGCGGAACAAAGCACGCCGGAGCGGUGCUAGCGAUCGUCGCGCAAGUGCGCCUCUGCUGGACGAGACAGCGGCGGAAGGUCCGAACGCCAAUGCGCUGCAGGCAUCGCUCAGCGAGACGGCGUCCGAAAGCCACGAGAGCCUGCGCACCAGCAUGCAGUCGCUCCACCUGUGGGAGUUCGCAGAGGCGGCGAGCCAGCGCACGUCCUUCUUGGACCUGCCGGGCGGUCGAUCCGAGCGGCCAACGAUCGGCACCGUUUCCGACGGCAAACGGAGCAGGCAGCCUUCGUAUAGCGACUCGGUGGCGUCCGUGGAGCCCGACGGUCAGCGUUGUGCGCCUUCCAGCUCGACUGGCAGUGUGGCCGCAUCGUCGAUCUUUGACAAGGACCUGCCGGCUCCGCCCGCCGCGGCCGAAACCGCCUCCAUCGGGAGCGGAGAGUGGAGUGGCGAGAUGGACUCGCCUGACUCGACGCACCCUCCUCCGUCUCCUUGGAUGGAGCCGCCAGCUGGUCUUGCUGACAAGGCCGGAAGAACCGCAGGGGAUGCGCCCGAGGAUGAGUUGCGCGACCUGCGCGAUCGAUUGGAGCUGGCAGAGGCGCGCGCCAAGGCAGCUGAAGAGGCCGCCGAGGUGGCGGUGCGCGAGGCUCAGAGCGAGACGCGACGGCUGGCCGAGGAGCUCGCCCAGGUGGAGCGGGGCACUCGCGAUACCAUGGAAGCCGAAGCAAUUCGGCGCGCCAAGUGGGCGAGGGAGCAGGUGGCUAGGGAACAGCUCGAUGCGUACGAGCGCAGCAAGCUCGAGGCGGACGAGAAGCGGCGCAGGCGCGCGAUCGAGGAGCAGAGGAGGCUCGACUGUGACCGCGCCAACCGCAUCCGAGAGGAAAGAGAGUGGCGCGAGCACGAAGCAGAGCGCAUCAAGCACGAGUACGAGCUCAAGAUCCAGUACCUCGCUGAGCGAGAGGCAAAGCUCAAGGCCGAGGCCGAGGCGAGGGCGGACGAAGAGCGUUUACGAAUCGAGGAGGAGCGCAAGAGGGCGCACGCUCGCCAGAAAUGCCUGGCUGAGAUGAAGCGGGCUUUGCAGGGCGCUGGUGCCACGGAUGAAGACGCAUUGCUGUCCGGAUGGCUCAAUGUGCAAGCGGAGGGCGCGCUUCAGUGGAGGCGUCGGUGGGGGCAGGUCAGGAAGCAGCAAUUUAUAUUGUCAAAAGCGCCGACGGACCCCGUCGCCGUGGCUACGAUCCCCCUCGAACGCGCUCGAAUCGUGUCGCACCUGGACGACCACGAUGACUGCACCAUGCCCUACACCAUACGACUGCAAGUGUCCGUUGAUCAGGGCGACUCGGCAGCUUUCGAUACAUGCACGUACCUGAUCUCCACCGAUACCCGAGCGGCCAAGGAUGACAUCGAGCUAAUCAUCGAGGCCAUUGCAGACUUGCAAUCUCUUUCCGAAUAG